AUGGAGGAAGCAUCUCAUGGGCAGAAGCAGGCAGUGAAGGCUUUCAUACCUCCUUUACCAUAUCCUCAAAGGUUCAACAAGGAGAUUAAGGAUCAACACUUCCCCAAAUUCUUUGAAGUCUUCAAGAAGUUAGAUAUUAAUAUCCCCCUUGCUAAAGCAUUAGAGCAGAUGCCUCUAUAUGCAAAAUUCUUGAAAGAACUUAUCAAUAAGAAGAGAAGCUGGCAUGAGAAGGAAACAGUACUUCUCACUGAAGAAUGCAGUGCUGUAAUUCAAAGGGGCAUUCCACCAAAGCUUAAGGAUCUAGGGAGUUUUAUAGUUUCAUGCACCAUAGGCAAGAUGACAUUAGAGAAAGCCCUCUGCAAUCUCGGUGCUAGUAUCAACUUAAUGCCCCUCUCAAUGAUGAGAAAGCUUGCCAUAGAAGAAAUCAAGCCUACCAGGAUGUCAUUGGUGAUGGCCGAUAGAUCAAUCAAGACACCCAAUGGAGUUGUGAAAAAUCUAUUAGUGAAGGUUGGAGAGUUUAUCUUCCCUGCAGACUUUGUGAUCCUGGACACAAAAGAGGAAGUAAAUAACUCAAUUAUCUUGGGAAGAUCAUUUCUAUCUAUAGCAAGAGCUAUUAUCGAUGUAGAAAAGGGGGAAAUGAUCGUUAGGGUGCACAAUGAGCAAAUGGUAAUCAAUGUUUUCAACUUAAUGCAACAUCUCCCUGAGCAAGAAAGCUACAUGAGAGUGGAUAUGAUAGAAGGUUUGGUGGAAGAAAUGUUGGAAGCCAAUUAUCAAGAACAACAGGAAGAAGAAAGGGAAGGAGUUCAAGAGGUAAUGGAAGAACAAGUAGCUGAAAUCUCCAUAGAAGAAAAGGUGGAACAAGACAAGACAGAGGAGAUGCCGAAACAAGAAUUGAAGCCUUUACCUACUCAUCUCAAAUAUGCGUUUCUUGGAGGAGUGGAAACCUUGCCAGUAAUCAUCAAUUCUUUCUUAAGCAUAGAAGAAGAAAUAAAGCCAGUUGAAAUAUUGAAAGCUCACAAAACAGCUUUAGGAUGGACAAUUGGUGAUAUCAAUGGCAUCAGCCCGGCCAUCUUCAUGCACAAAAUUUUGCUAGAAGAAGAUUCAAGGCCUAUAGUACAUCAUCAAAGAAGACUCAACCCAACCAUGAAGGAGGUAGUCCAAAAGAAAGUGAUGAAGCUAUGGAAUGCUGGUAUCAUAUACCCAAUCUUUGAUAGCUCUUGGGUGAGUCCAGUACAAAUGGUGCCAAAGAAGGGAGGAAUGAUUGUGAUCUCCAAUGAGAAAAAUGAAUCAAUUCCUACAAGGACAGUGACUGGUUGGAGGAUGUGUAUAAACUAUAGAAGACUAAAUGAGGCCACAAGGAAAUAUCAUUUUCCUCUCCCCUUCAUUGAUCAUAUGUUGGAAAGACUGGUGGGCCAUGCUUAUUAUUGCUUCCUGGAUAGGUAUUCCAGGGUACCAGAAGGUAUUGUUCUUGGGCAUAAAGUUUCAAGCAAGGGAAUAGAAGUUGAUAGAGCUAAGAUAGAAGUCAUUGAAAAGCUCCCUGUACCUGUCAAUGUAAAAGCAAUGAGAAGUUUUCUCGGGCAUGCUGGUGAUGUUGCAAUUGGUGCUAUAUUGGGACAAAAGAAAGACAAGUUGCAUCAUGUCAUAUACUAUGCCAGUAAGGUGCUCAAUGAGGCACAAAAGAAUUACACAACCACAGAGAAAGAGCUACUGGCUAUUGUAUAUGCAUUUGAUAAGUUUAGACAAUACUUGAUUGGUUCAAAAGUUAUAGUGUAUACUGAUCAUGUUGUUCUCAAGUACUUUAUGUCUAAACAAGAUCCAAAGCCCAGACUCAUCAGAAGGGUGCUGCUACUACAAGAAUUUGACAUUGAAGUGUGA